AUGACAUCACUCAAGAAGAAGAGUAGGAGGAAGCCUUUUUCCCAGGCCCUGGGGAAUAUUGUUGGCUGCAGAAUUUCUCACGGGUGGAAGGAAGGUAAUGAGCCUGUCACCCAUUGGAAGGCCAUCAUUCUAGGUCAACUGCCAACAAACCCAUCUCUUUAUUUGGUGAAGUAUGACGGAAUUGACAGUGUCUACGGACAGGAGCUCCACAGCGAUGAGAGGAUUUUAAAUCUUAAGGUCUUGCCUCACAAAGUAGUUUUUCCUCAGGUGAGGGAUGUCCACCUCGCCAGCGCCCUGGUUGGCAGAGAGGUACAACACAAAUUUGAGGGGAAAGAUGGCUCUGAGGACAACUGGAGUGGGAUGGUGCUACCCCAGGUGCCAUUCUUACAGGACUAUUUUUACAUUUCCUACAAGAAGGAUCCGGUCCUCUACGUCUAUCAGCUCCUAGAUGACUACAAGGAAGGUAACCUCCACAUCAUUCCAGAGACCCCUCUGGCUGAGGCGAGAUCAGGUGAUGACAAUGACUUCUUAAUAGGUUCCUGGGUGCAGUACACCAGAGAUGAUGGAUCCAAAAAGUUCGGAAAGGUUGUUUACAAAGCUCUAGCCAAUCCUACUGUGUACUUUAUCAAAUUUCUUGGUGACCUCCAUAUCUAUGUCUAUACUCUGGUGUCAAAUAUCACUUAA